GAAAUAUUUAUUGAGUCUCUGUGAAGCUCUGACAAUCUCUGACGUCAAGACGAAAACACUUGGAAUACAACAAGCUGCAGUCUGUCAGCACAGAGCUUCGAGCAGUUAUAUAGAAAACUCCACAGCGUAACAUUUCCCUGACAUGGCUGCAGUGGACAAGGAUGUGGCCGAGAAGUUUCUGGACAGUAACCCCACAUUUGCCAAGCAGUACUAUGACUCCAGGUUCCGGGCCAAGGUCAUUUCUGACCUUCUGUCGACCACCAAGAAAACCGAAGUGGAUAUCAGCUCGUACCAUGACCUGAACUCUGUCGAGGAGUGCGAAAUCAUUUUUGAUAUGGUGCGGGACAUGCAAGAAAAUUUGCAGAUGGAGCGGGCGGUCUUCAACCUGAUGCGCCAUCUCUCCUUCAUGAUGCGAGCCGACCGCAUGAGUCUCUUCAUGUACCGUCAGAGGAACGGCAUUGCUGAACUGGCCACGCGCCUUUUCAACGUCCAUAAAGACUCCACGAUGGAAGAGUGUCUGGUGCAACCAGACAGUGAGAUUGUGUACCCGCUGGACACAGGCAUUGUGGGACAUGUGGCCACUGUUAAGAAGACCGUCAAUGUACCUGAUGUCAAACAGGACAGUCACUUCAGUGAGUUUGUGGACACUCUCACAGAGUAUCAAACCAAGAAUGUGCUCGCAACCCCCAUCAUGAACGGCAAAGACAUGGUGGCUGUUAUGAUGGCGGUCAACAAGAUCAAUGGCCCCCAUUUCACUGCUCAGGAUGAAGAGACGCUGAAGAAAUAUCUCAACUUUGCCAAUCUCGUGCUGCGAGUGUUUCACCUGAGCUACCUGCACAACUGUGAAACCAGAAGAGGACAGGUGUUGCUUUGGUCUGCCAGCAAAGUGUUUGAGGAGCUGACUGACAUUGAGAGACAGUUUCACAAGGCCCUCUAUACGGUCCGAGCGUUCCUCAACUGUGACCGCUACUCUGUGGGCCUCCUCGACAUGACCAAAACCAAAGAGUUUUUUGAUCUUUGGCCCGUACUGAUGGGAGAGGUACCACCGUACUCUGGACCAAAGACCCCCGAUGGCAGAGAAGUGAACUUCUACAAAGUGAUUGAUUACAUCCUGCACGGAAAGGAGGACAUUAAAGUAAUCCCUAAUCCACCGGCUGACCACUGGGCGUUAGUUAGUGGACUUCCAACCUACGUCGCCGAGAACGGCCUGAUCUGUAAUAUCAUGAACGCUGCUGAAGAUGAAUUCUUUAACUUUCAAAAAGAACCUCUAGAUGAAUCUGGAUGGACAAUAAAGAAUGUUCUCUCCUUGCCUAUCGUGAACAAGAAAGAGGAAAUCGUUGGCGUGGCCACAUUCUAUAAUAGGAAAGAUGGAAAGCCAUUUGAUGAAAUGGAUGAAACGCUAAUGGAGUCACUCACUCAGUUUCUGGGCUGGUCAGUGCUGAACACAGACACGUACGACAAGAUGAACAAGCUGGAGAAUCGUAAGGACAUCUUUCAGGAUAUGGUCAUGUACCAUGUCAAGUGCAGGAAAGAUGAGAUUCAGAAUAUCUUGAACACACGUGAGCUGUACGGUAAAGAACCCGAUGAAUGUGAAGAGGAUGAGCUGCAGAAGAUUCUGGGUGGCGUGCUGCCAGAUUCAAAGCAGUCUGAAAUCUUGGAGUUUCACUUCUGUGAUUUUGAGUUCUCUGAGUUGGACCUGGUGAAAUGUGGCAUCAAGAUGUACUAUGAGCUGGGUGUGGUGGACAAGUUUCAUAUUCCACGUGAGACCCUGGUGCGGUUCGUGUACUCGGUCAGUAAAGGUUACAGAAGGAUCACCUACCAUAACUGGAGGCACGGCUUCAAUGUGGGCCAAACCAUGUUCACACUCCUCAUGACAGGUGACCUGAAGCGUUAUUAUACAGACCUGGAGACGAUGGCGAUGGUGACGGCUGGACUCUGUCAUGAUAUUGAUCACCGCGGCACGAACAACCUUUACCAGAUGAAGUCUGGCAAUCCACUGGCAAAGCUGCACGGCUCCUCCAUCCUCGAAAGGCACCAUCUGGAGUUUGGAAAAACUCUGCUUAGAGAUGAUUCCUUGAAUAUCUACCAAAAUCUUACCAGGAGACAACACGAAACUGUCAUCCAUUUGAUGGACAUAGCUAUCAUUGCAACAGACCUGGCCUUAUAUUUCAAAAAAAGAGCCAUGUUUCAAAAAAUCGUGGAUCAGUCCAAGACCUACGAGAGCUGGGACGACUGGACGAAAUACAUGAUGUACGAGACGACUCGGAAGGAGAUCGUCAUGGCAAUGAUGAUGACUGCGUGUGAUUUGUCGGCCAUCGCCAACCCAUGGGAGAUACAGAGCAAGGUGGCGCUGUCGGUGGCUGCUGAAUUCUGGGAGCAGGGUGACCUGGAGAGAACAGUGCUGGAGCAGCAGCCCAUUCCCAUGAUGGACCGGAACAAGGCGGAUGAACUUCCCAAACUGCAGUGUGGUUUUAUUGAUUUCGUCUGUUCUUUUGUGUACAAGGAGUUCUCACGCUUUCAUGUCGAGAUCACGCCCAUGCUGGAGCGUCUUCUCAACAACAGGAAGGAGUGGAACGCUCUGAAGGAAAUUCAUGAGGCCAAGGUUGCAAAGCUGGAUGAGGCCAAGAAAGCUAAAGAGGAAGCCGGAGCUGCCGCAUUAGCUGCUAAACAAGGAAGUGCAGCACAGGCAUCUCAGUCCAAGACCUGUGUUAUCACCUAACUGUCUGACCAUACAGGAAGACAUCUGCGUUCCCGUAGGUUGGACAACGUUUAUUAUGGUUGUCCUGUUUAAAUCAUCAGUUGUUAGGAAAUACAAACCUUUAGGUAGCCAUUAUGGUUCUGUUGCAAUGACCCCAAUGGUGACAUCAUGGCUGAGGAAAUAUCGUCAACAGAAGGGUGGGCUUUGUGUAGUUUUUAUCUCAUGCACUUUAUUAUUGACACGGUUUGGUAGUUGGGGAACCUGUACAGAAUAGAGCUUUCUCACACUCGAUUACAUAACAAAAUGUAUUUAAGAGCGUUGCUUCUAUAACUGUUGAAAAAUUCACAUUACACAUUAUAUAUAUAGUGAUGUAUAAAGCUUUGAAUAAAAGAUUAAAUUAGU